AUGGAAAAGGCUGGAUCGAUGAUUUGGAACAGCAUCCGCUUAUCCGCUUACUUAAGCAAUUUUCUCACAAACUGGAAGCCAAAGAAACAGGAAGAUGGUACAUAUGAGCUGAGCAUACCCAUGGAAGGCAAGCCAAUGUAUGGAAUAGACGUAAACGAUUGUGGAGAAUGUGUCGCAAGCGUAUUCAACCACCCAGAAACCUACGGCAAGAAAAUUAUUGGAAUUACUACGGACUACCUCACCGUCCAGCAAUAUUGUGAUGCCUAUAGCAAAGUAUUCGCACCUCGUGUUUUUAAGGAUGCAAAAGCAAAGACCGACAAGAUCAGGACUAUGGAUUUCCUGGUGCAGAGGAAAUGGCAGCCAUGUUUAAGCUGUAUCAGAAAGGAAUCGAGCGUGAUAUAAAACUCACGAAAACUUUGAAUCCCAAGGCAAAAACGUGGGAGAAAUUUGUAGUUGAACAUAAAGCAAACCUGGAAACAUUAUUAUAAGAAUUUUACUGAAAAUUAAAAUUUGAAAGUGUACGGCUCAUUUCAUUUUGAAUAGAUUUUUUUAAUGCAUUUUGUGUGAAACGUUGUUUAAGUAGAGCAGUUUGAGCAUAGACCAUUUCAUUAGAAGAUUAUAGACAUAGUCAUUACUCAUCGUAACUCAGGGGGAACUCGUACUGCGAAACAAUAGCAAAGUUUAAUGUUUUUAUUGAAACAACGACACAUUACCAACUAGAUAAUCACCGCUUGA